UGCAGGGUACACUGAGCCAGGAGGAUGGGGGUAUGAUGAACUUGGAAUCCUGGGAGACAAGCUGAUCAUGGAAUAAACUGUCCCCAUUAUGACAGGAUAUGAAUUUUGAGGAUGUGGCCAUCAUCUUUUCCCAGGUGGAGUGGGGACUCCUUGAUGAGGCUCAGAGACUUCUGUACUGUGAUGUGAUGCUGGGAAUCUUUUCACUUGUAGCAUCUGUAGGUUGUUGGCAUAAAUCGGAAAAUGAGAAGGCCCUUUCUGAGCAGAGUGUAUCUGUAGAAGGAGAGUCACAGGUCAGGGCUUCUAAGACAGCUCCAGCAACCCAGAAGACCCUUCUCUGUGAGUGGUGCAUCUCUGUCCUGAAAGUUAUUUUUUAUCUGACUCAGUUCCAAGGAGCAUACCUUGAACAGAAAUGGUUCUUCAGAGACACACGUGUGAGAGCCUUCUGUUUCAGUGCAAGCCUUCACCAGCAACCUACAGAUGUUAGUGGAGAGAAGCCCUGGAAAGGAGAUAUGGACAGGGCCUCAUUUGUGACCCAGUGCAUCUUGUACAUAUCAGGGGCAUCUUCCACCUGUAGGGAGGUUUGGGAGGACUUCUCCAUCAUCUCAGGCCUUCUCCAGCACCAGGCCACUCUUCACAGUGAGGAGCCAUACAGUGGCAAUGAUAGUGAGUAGGCUUCCCACAGUAGAAAAAUUCAUCAGGAGUGGGAUGAAUGUGAAAAAGCUGCCGGCAAAAACAAGAAACAUGUUCAUCAUCAGAGUGUCUGCUCUGGAGAAAGGCAUUAUGAAUGUAAUAAAUGUGGGAAAGUUUUUAGACAAAUCUUUAACCUCAUUCGGCAUAGGAGAGAGCACACUGGAGAAAAGCCUUAUAAGUGUAGUAAUCCUGUGAAGUACUUCAGCGAAAACUCUGGGCUCAUUGAACAUCAGAGAGGGAACACUAGAGAAAAGCCAUAUGAGUGCAAUGUUUCUACAUCUGUACUCAUUAAUCACCAUCGUUUUCAUUCUGGAAAAAAGCUUUAUGAGUGUACUGAAUGUGGGAAAUCUUUUAGCCACAAAUCCCUUCUUCUUAAUCACCAGAGAGUUCACACUGGAGAAAGACCUUAUGAGGGCAGUGGAUGUGGAAAAUCUAGCCGGAAAUCUCACAUCCUGAGACAUCAGAGAGAUGAUGUUAGAGAAAAGCCAUGUGGGUUGUGUGAUUGUGGAAAGUCUUUCAGCCAAAGCUAUACCCCCAUUAAACACCAAAGAGUUAACACUGGAAAAAGACUUUAUGAGGGUAGUGGAUGUGGAAAAUGUUCUAGCUGCAACUCACACAUCCUGAGACAUCAGAGAGAUGACAGAGAAAGGCCAUAUGGGUGUCGUGAUUGUGGAAAGUCAUUCAGCCAAAGCUCAACCCUCAUUAAACACCAGAGAGUUCACAUGGGAGAAAAGCCAUAUAAGUGUAGUGUUUGUGGUAAGUCUUUCAGCCAAAGCUGUGCCCUCAUUCAACACCAUAGAGUUCACACAGGAGAAAUGCCAUAUGAGUGUACUGAAUGUGGAAAAACCUUUAGACAACGCUGGCACCUUAUUCAACAUUGUCGAAUUCACUCUGGAGAAAAGCCCUAUGUGUGUGGUGAAUGUGGGAAAUCCUUUAGCGAUACCUCUAGCUUCAUUCAACACCAGAGAAUUCAUACUGGAGAAAAGCCGUAUAAAUGUAGUGAUUGUGGAAAGUCCUUCAGCCAAAGCUCUGCUCUCAUUCAACACCAGAGAGUUCACACUAGAGAAAAGCCAUAUGAGUGUAGUGAUUGUGGGAAAUUUUUUAGACAUCCCUCCCACGUUAUUCAACACUGUCAAGUACAUUCUGGAGAAAAGCCUUAUGAGUGUGGUGAAUGUGGGAAACCCUUUACCGAUAAAUCUAACCUUAUUCAACACCAGAGAGUUCACACUGGAGAAAAGCCUUAUGAGUGUAGUGAAUGUGGGAAAUGUUUCAGUCGCAAAUUUACCCGUAUUCUACAUCAGAAAAUUCACACUGGAGAAAAGCCAUAUGGGUCUAGUGAUUGUGGGAAGUCCUUCAGCAAAAGCUCUGCCCUCAUUCAACACAAAAGAGUUCACACUGGAGAAAGACCUUAUGAGUGUAAUGAAUGUGGGAAAUCUUUUACUUGUACAUCUAACCUCCUUAGACACCAGAGAGUUCACACUUGAGAAAGGCUUUAA